AUGGAACUAAUUAAAAAUAAAAUGAAAAGGCAAACGAGAAAAACUGUAGCCGGGAUAAAAUUACCGCCUAUUGAACCUGUAGCAGAGUGUGAUGUUAAAACAAUAAUGGAUGUCGAUCCAGCGUAUUAUUCCUUAGUUGAAGGACGACCUAUACGGACAAAUAAAUCGAUUCACAUGUAUAAGAAAAAUAUAAAAAAUAUUGCCUUGAAGAGGACUGUGCAUGGGUUUUUAGUUGAUGAAAUACUAAGAAUAAAUAGAGAAAUAAAAUCAGAGCAAUAUAUUUACGACAAAGCGUAUAAGCACUUCGAAGAAUAUCAAAAGAGCUUUGAUAAAUUUUUGGCCCAUGAUAAUAAUAAAACGAUUGCCAUAAUGCAAAGAUCCGAUGCUUUGGCUAAAGAACUCACAAAUCAAAACGAAAAACUUAAAAAAGCUAACUACGAAAUGGCUUCUCUCAAAUCCAAGCUGCAGUACAUUGAAGAGACUCUAAUGAUUUUACUGUCAUUUCAAAAUUUUCUCCACAAAGCAUCUCCGAUUCUAUGGCAGAACAGUCAUAGUAUAAAGUUGGACACUAAAUAUUCUGAGAUAUUUACCAUAGAAUCUGAUGUUUUCAAGGAAAUUGAUAAAAAAACAAUAGAAAAGCGCCUAAAUAGCCUACCGGCUCCACAGCUGUAUUUCGAUUGUCCUGAGCAACUAUUGAUAAUAUUUGGAUUAUUGGAAAAACAAAACUUGAAUUGUCUUCUGCUUACAGAAGAACUUAAUUCAGAGAAAAAUAGAUUUUUGAAAACCGUCGAAGUUUUAAAAAUAUUGUUGCGUGAAGAAUUGGAAUAUAUCCAGGAAAUGAUUAAAGAAAUUGAAGAUAUGAUUACAUGGAACGAAAACAGAGAAGUUGAAGUAAAAGAGAUAUUUUUUAAGAUUUUAAGGGACAAAAUGAGGUACCUAAUAUCCUCAGGGACAGCUUUACAAAUCUUUAAUUACGUAGAGUUUGCCUACGAACGACUAAUAACGUCAAAUGAAACGAAAUUUAGUUCCAUAGAUAUGGCACUAGCAUUAGAACGUGAAUAUGAAAACUUGAUGUUGGACAUAUCAGCGUUUGAUUUGGGAAUGAUAAAACAAAUUGAAAAAGAAAUCUAUGACGAUGGAGUGCAGGAAAUAAAACAAGCAAAAGAAGCAGCGAAACUGUUGAAAGAUGUCGAUAAACUUGCUAAGCGGUUGAAGUCAUCCUUUGAACCCACCAGAAGGAAAACGAACUAUUAA